GGGUCCUGCUGUGAGGGAGCAGAACCCAGAUCGACUCGCUCAAGAAGUUUUGGAGCUCUUAAUUUGAGAGAGGACUCAGAAUCCUGGAGGCUGUGGGCUGUAAUAUCACAGAAGUUGGGGGUGUUCUGGCAAAAAGAGAUAUUACUGCUUUUUUUUGUUUGUUUUUUUCCCCUCAAAACUAAGUGGUUUUAGAUUGGGUUCUAGAUUGCAGAAGCAGCGUUCUGUAGAUCUCCAACUUGGUCUGAAGCUUUCUGCUUUGUGGCUGUCAACUGCUGAUAAAAUGUUGGUGUUCUUAUACAUUAAUAAACAAAGCCAGAGAUCUGCCAGCACCAUCAGGCUCCAGGAAUUUGCCUUUCAAGGCUGUGAGCAUCAGCAAGCAGCAGUCCAAGGGCGAUGCCCUCAAAAGCAUUGUGCUGUGAUCUUCCUCUUGGCUUCAAAAGCAGAACCCAUUUACAACCAUUUCUUGCUUUCAAUUUGGAGCAUUUCUGACCUCUUAUCUCUUGUAUCACAGAAUUGUAGGGGUUGGAAGGGACCUCCAGAGAUCAUCGAGUCCAACCCCCCACCAAAGCAGGUUCCCUACAGCAGCGCUCCUGAACUCAACAACACUGAUGUUGCUGUCAAGGAGUUUGAGGAAGCAAUUCGAGUCAUCCUUGGAAAUCUUGAUGAUUUACGUCCAUUUUCUACAGACCACUUCACUAUCUUUCCAUAUUUGAGUAAAUGGGAAAGGGUAUCAGAAAUGAGAUUCAAACACGAGGAUGUCAGUCUGGUGCCCUAUCCCUACAUUUGCACCAUGUAUCUAGAGCUCAACUCAUUGCAGCAGAGUUUGUCUUUGGGUAAAGAAGCCAACGGCGACACUUCUGAGCCUGUCAAGAGAAAAAGUGAAAUACCAGGAGGCACUGAAAUGGAAGAAACAGUGAAGAGGAGAAGAGUUGAAGGUCAAACAGAGACCUCAUACCCAAAGCUGUGCAUGGGCAGACCUGGAACUGAGAUUGUUCACCAUGCAAUUCAAGCAGAGCAUGGAUUUGAAAAGAGUUACUCCAAAGAAAGUCAGUGUGAGCAUCGUCCAGCAUCCCUCAGCGUGGGCUGUAACCAAGAGUGCUUAUGGAGACCUGUGGGAUAUGAUGUAGAACAAAGAGCAGAAACCGGUCAGCCUGAAGGUGAAAUGCAGGUAUUGCAGCAAACGGACCAAAUCACCACCAAAGGAAUUGAGGAGCCAAAACGAGGAGGUCUCUCAAAGUUCUGGAGGAGGAUAUUUUCUCCGCUGCAGCACCUUUUUGGUGGGAAGCCCUGAACUAAUUGCCGUGGAGAGGUCAACUUCUACCGCAAAUAUCAGGUCGUGUUGUUUCUUUUGCGAUUGAGCUUUUUCUCUUGCUCGCCUCAGCCAUUAAAUGCUUCGCGCCCAGG